UAUGUGAAUGCUAUGUCGUUUAUGCGUCAAUAAUAGAGGUGGAGUGGGCUGUAACUUGCGUUCUGACAGCCUUAUCAUGGGUGGCGUGUAUUGAAAAUUUCUUGUGUGAUUAUCAGGCACAAGGAGAAGUCUAGAACGAUGGCGUCAAGCUCGAGUUUAGCCUCGAAACUGAAGAAGAAGGCAGUGCGAGUGAAACACCAAAAAGUGAAGCUGUUCAGAGCCAAUGAGCCCUUCCUCUCUGUCUUCAUGUGGGGAGUAAACCACACGAGCAGUGAGCUGAGUCAUAUUAAUGUACCAGUGAUGUUAAUGCCUGAUGACUUCAAAGCUCACUCCAAAGUCCGUGUGGACAACCACCUCUUUAACAAAGAGAACCUGCCUUCACACUUUAAAGUCAAAGAAUACUGUCCCAUUGUCUUCAGAAAUUUAAGAGAGAGAUUUGGUAUUGAUGAUGUUGAUUUUCGGGAGUCAUUAACAAGUGAUUAUUUGCUAUUUGAAUUGUAUUAUGCAUACUGAAGGAUUUGAGCUGCU